AGUUUAUAUAUAAAAUAGACUGAGACUCUAUAAGAUAUUGUUAAUAAAAUAAAUUUCUAUAUAUAUUUUUAGUUUAAUACUAUAAUAAUUUAAUUAUAUAAUUUGUGUGUUAUUAAAAGAUUGAAAUUUUAAUACAUUCAAAAAUGUCGCAAAAUCAAUAUAAAAAUGUUACACAUUGUAUUUUUGAUAUGGAUGGAUUAUUACUCAAUACAGAACUACUUUAUACUGAAGCCUUUAAUCGUGUUAUAAAUCUCUAUGGGAAAGAAUUUACAUGGGAACAUAAAGCAAAAAUUAUGGGUUUUAAAUCUAAGGAUGUUGGACAAGCUUUGAUUGAAAUGUUUUCUUUACCAAUAACAGUAGAAGAAUUUGAAAAUAAAAUAACAAAAAUAUAUCAGGAAUUGUUCCCCUCUGCAAAUCUUAUGCCAGGUGCUGAACAAUUGUUGCAACAUUUAAAACAAAAUAAUAUUCCAAUAGCAUUAGCUACAAGUUCAAAUAAAGAAAAUUUUGAAUUAAAAACUCAAAGAUGGAAAAAUAUAUUUGAUUUGUUUAAUCAUAAAGUUCUUGGUGGUUCUGAUCCUGAUGUUAUUAAUGGCAAACCAGCACCUGAUAUUUUUUUAACUGCUGCAAAACGUUUUAUUGAUAAUCCUGAUCCAUCAAAGUGUCUUGUGUUUGAAGAUGCUCCAAAUGGUGUAAAAGCUGCAUUUAAUGCUGGGAUGCAAGUUGUUAUGGUUCCAGAUCCAAUGUUACCAAAUCAUUAUAUUGAAAAUCCAACAUUAAUACUAAAUAGUCUUGAAGAAUUUCAACCUGAACUAUUUGGUUUACCACCAUAUAAUAGAUAAUUUAUGUGGAAUAUAUUUCUAAGAGAUAGUAAUGAUCCCUAAUGUGCCAUUAAGCCAACUUAUUAAUAAAUUAAUUAAUAAAUUUUAAACUGUCAA